CAGGAACAUGAUAUAGAAACUCCUCAUGGUAUGGUCCACGUCACUAUAAGAGGCCUACCGAGAAACAGACCAGUUAUUCUGACAUAUCAUGACAUUGGCCUCAAUCAUAAAUCCUACUUCAAUGCGUUCUUUAACUUUGAAGAUAUGCAAGAGAUCACUCAGCAGUUUACUGUCUGUCAUGUGGAUGCCCCAGGCCAACAGGAAGGUACACCCUCUUUCCCAACAGGGUACCAGUACCCCACAAUGGAUGAGCUAGCUGAAAUGCUUCCUCCUGUUCUUACUCACUUAAGUGUGAAAAGCAUCAUUGGGAUUGGAGUUGGAGCUGGAGCUUACAUCCUCAGCAAAUUUGCACUCAGUUAUCCAGAGCUUGUGGAAGGCCUUGUGCUCAUUAACCUUGACCCUUGUGCUAAAGGCUGGAUUGACUGGGCAGCUUCCAAAAUCUCAGGCUUGACAACCAAUGUUGUGGACAUUAUUUUGGCUCAUCACUUUGGGCAGGAAGAGUUGCAAGCCAACCUGGACCUGAUUCAAACCUAUAGACUCCAUAUUGCCCAAGAUAUCAACCAAGAAAACCUACAGCUCUUCCUGUGUUCUUAUAACGGACGCAGAGAUCUGGAGAUUGAAAGACCCAUGCUGGGCCAAAAUGAUAACAAAUCAAAGACUUUAAAGUGUUCCACUUUAUUGGUGGUAGGGGACAGUUCACCCGAAGUUGAGGCUGUGGUUGAAUGCAAUUCUCGCCUGAAUCCUAUAAAUACAACUUUGCUAAAGAUGGCAGACUGUGGUGGACUGCCCCAAGUAGUUCAGCCCGGGAAGCUCACUGAGGCCUUCAAGUACUUUUUGCAGGGAAUGGGAUACAUACCAUCUGCCAGCAUGACCCGGCCCAUCCGAUCACGAACCCACUCAACCUCAAGUAUUAUCGGCUCUGGAGAAAGUGCCUUCAGCCGAUCUGUCACCAGCAAUCAGUCAGAUGGAACUCAAGAAUCCUCUGAGUCCCCUGAUGUUCUGGACAGACACCAGACCAUGGAGGUGUCCUGCUAAGCAGAUGCUCCUCCCCUGGACCAUGCAAGUCCAUCCUCCUCAAACGAUCACUCCACAAUAAUAACAUUUCAUCCAGCAAACUGGCAUCUAUCUUUACUCCUGCAUGACCACUGACUCUUUCUCUCUGGUACCCUGGAUUUAUCAUUCUCUGCCUGCCC